AUGGAUGAGAAGGUACCGAAUCCAGAAAUUGGUAUGGAGUUUAAAACAGAGAAAGAUGCAUAUGAUUUCUACAAUAGUUUCGGAAGGAAAGUCGGUUUCAGUAUUCGAAAGCAUAAUGUAAAAAAAGAUAAAAUGACAGGUGUAUUGAAAAUGAGAGAUUUUAUUUGUUCUAAAGAAGGUAAACGUUCAUUUGAUAAACGUGAUGUUAAUGUGAAGCAUCAUCGGGAUGAAACAAGAACAAGUUGUGAGGCACAUAUGAAAAUUAGAUUGGGAGUUGACGGAAAAUAUCGUGUUACUGAUAAUAAGAUUGAUCAUAAUCAUAUUCUUGCAUCUCCUGAAGAAGCUCAUUUGUUGAGAUCACAACGGAAAUUUACUCAAGAAGUAGUUGCUGAUAAUUGUGAUAAUGCAGAUGGAAGAAUGAUUUUAGAUUAUGAACGUUUUGGAGAUGUGAUUUGCUUUGGCACAACGUAUAAAACAAAUGAGUAUGGACGGCCAUUUGCACCAUUUAUUGGUGUUAAUCAUCAUAGACAGACAGUUAUAUUUGGGGCUGCACUCCUCUACGAUGAAACAAUCGAUUCUUUCAGAUGGUUGUUUAGAACAUUCUGUGAUGCAAUGUGUAGAAAAGAACCCCAAACCAUUCUCACAGAUCAGGAUAAGGCUAUGUCAAAUGCCAUCAAGAUAGAGUUACCUGGAACGGUUCAUCGUAUUUGUGUAUGGCAUAUGUUUCAGAAUGCUUGCAAACAUCUAAGUCAUCUAUUUUGUUCUUCCAAGUCGUUUGGCAAUGAUUUUAGUAGAUGUGUAUAUGAUUUUGAUGAGGAGCAUGAAUUUCUUGAAGCGUGGGAAAAAAUGAUCAUGAAAUAUAAUCUCACAGAUAAUAUAUGGUUACAACAGUUAUUCAAUGAAAAGGAGAAGUGGGCAUUAGUAUAUGGAAAGAAUAGUUUUUGUACAGAUAUGAAGAGCACGCAACGUUGUGAAAGUUUAAAUAAGGAUUUGAAGAAAUACUUGCAUCCUGGUCAAAAUAUAAUCAAAUUUUUUGAACAUUUCGAACGCUUGGUAGAUGAUAGACGAAAUGCAGAAUUAGAAGCCAAUUUCAAAAUGGCUCAAAGUUCACCAAUUGUAACUUUUCUUGUUAGCAUCCUAAAGCACGCAGCUAGUGUAUAUACACCAACUAUUUUCAAAUUAUUUCAAGCAGAAUUUGGUGAUAGCCUUGAUCAAAUAGUGGAACAAGUAGAUGAGUCUGCACUCUCCCUCUCCCUCUCCCUCUCCCUCUCCCUCCCCUUCUCUCGAGCUCCCACGCCCUCACACCUCCUUCAACAGCAUCGGCUCUUCAGCAGCGUUGCCUCCGCUGGCUCUCCGUCUUCCUCUCUCGAGCUACUAGUCCUGAUCCAUGUUUGGCUGUUCCAUGUGUCAUUCAAGAGCUUUGGGGAUAUAGCUAACAUCCCCAUGAAGGGAAAACACAUGAGAUGCGAUAAGAUUGCCAAUGCACACUAUACAGCCAGUGGUCUCCAUGAAUGA